AUGCAGCCAACACGACACCUCCUGAAGCGAUCCGUGUGGAAAGGACCUCACAUUGUCCCUCUCCCCAUCGUGCGCCCCGCCCCCGGACAGAAGGUUGUACCCAUCCGGACGCAGGCCCGUUCCGCCACAAUCCUGCCCAACUUUGUCGGCCUCAAGUUCCAGGUUUACAACGGCAAGGCGUACAUUGACGUGACGAUUACGGAAGACAUGGUCGGUCACAAGCUGGGAGAAUUCUCGCCCACGAGAAAGCCCUUCAUCUGGUCCAGAAUGUAA